CUAAGCUGCCAACCACAGAAGAAGAAUAGGUUGUGACGUACAAUCUACUCAUUGCGCAUGCGUGUAAGGUUAACACGUGAAGCAGACAGCAUGGCGGAGACAGCAGAAGUUGGGGUAGACCGGGGACAGGUCAAAAAGGCCGUCCAGGCUUUGCAGGCUUUCCUGAAAACCAAGUCCACCGGGGACUCACUGUUCCUGGACGACACACAGCAGAUCAGCCUGCUCUUCACCCUGUGGAAGAUCCCCAAAAAACCACAGACCAUCCGCAUUCCACUGCCCCAUGGCCAGCGGCCGGACACAGACGAGGUCUGCCUCUUCACCAGAGACGAGCCCAACAUGACCUCGGAUCAGACGAUCAGGUUUUAUAAGAAGCUGCUGCAGGAGAAGGGGGUGACGAACAUCUCGGAGGUCAUCCCGUAUAAAGUCCUAAAGACGGAGUACAAACCGUAUGAAGCGAAGCGCCGCCUGCUGGGGAACUACGACAUGUUCCUCUCUGACGACCGCGUCCGCCGCCUGCUGCCGUCUCACCUCGGGAAACACUUCUACGAGAGGAAGAGAGAGCCGCUGUGUGUGAACCUGCAGAGCAAGAAUCUGGCCAGAGACAUCAGCAGAGUGAUCCAGGGCUCCAGCCUGAAGGUCACCAACAAGGGCUGCUGCUGCAUGGCUCGGAUUGCCCACGCCGGCAUGACCGCAGACGAGGUGACAGAAAACGUGGAGGCUGCUUUCCAAACGGUGUCCACCAAACUACGCACGAAAGGACCUGUGAUAAAGCUGGUCCACAUCAAGAGUCAGACGUCUGUAUCUCUGCCCGUCUACACCUCCAACCUGAACAGCCUCACCGCGCUGGAGGACGCUCAGAAACAGGCAGAGACCGCCAAGAAAGAGGCUGUGGCUAAAAAGCGGGCAAAGAGAAGCAAAAAGGCGGAGGAGGCUAAGAAAAGCAAGGAUACGGAGGAGGUGAAGACAACCGAGGGGACAGAGGAAGAAAUCCCACAGCUGGUUCCCGUUGGAACACCAAGCAAGAAGGCUAAACUGGAGAAGACAUCCAAGAAGAAGAAGCAGCUGGAGAAGGCGCCCAGGACGGCUGCAGGGAAGAAAGGAAGGAAACCACAAAACAAAAUAAACAAGAAAGGCGGCAAGGCCGAGUCCAAAAAAGAAAAGAAAAGGAAAGUGCCCAGAGUGAAGUGAUUCUCCUCCUCACACCCUCAACAUGGACAUUUUACACAGGACCAGAUGGUCCACAUAUAUUCCCUCUGUUUUGUGUCGUUAUGCCUGGAUGAUGCAGAAUAUAAAGUUUGUUAUGUGAAAUUAA